UAUGAUCUGCUUUAAACCUUUCCUGUACUUAUAUUCACUGCUUGAACUCGUGCUCUAAAUGCUGUGCUUAUAAUAAUAAUCUGAUGAAUAACAACAACAUCAUUAAUUAUUCAUGACUUGAAGUGGUGCUAAUUGAUUUAUUAAUGCAAUAAGAAAUAUGGCGGAUGAUACUUGGCAGUCAAAGAGCUCGGGAAAGAAACCUUGUAGAGCCUGCACGGACUUUAAAACAUGGAGCAAACAACAGAAACAAAAUAAUACUGGCCAAUCUUCACAAUCAAGCAGCCCCAAAGUCACAGAAGAGGCUCCCAAACCUCCUGCCGACUGUCCCGUGGAUAAAGAUCAGUUGGGUAGAGCUACUUGGACCUUUCUCCAUACAAUGGCAGCCUAUUAUCCCGAGGCACCUUCAACCAGUCAGCAACAAGAGAUGACCAUGAUGAUGAGGACAUUUUCCAAGUAUUACCCUUGUGAUUACUGCAGUCACCACAUGAGGGAAUGGUAAGAGAAAGAUAUAUUAAAAUAUGAAUAUAAAUAAUAGGAGAGCUUUAAGUUAUAUAAAUAAAUAUAUAAUAGGAGAGUUUGGUUAAAAAUGGCGUAUUCUCACUUUUUCAUU